GCCUGGUUUCAAAGGCUUAAAGGCUUCUCUUUCUGGAGCUCAGAGGACCCACGAUCACCAGCUUCUUCAUCUCCCAGGCCCCAGACACCCAACUGCUCAUCUCCAUGGAGCUCUGUCGGUCCUUGGCCUUAUUCACUGGCUGCCUGGGCCUGGUGUCCAUCCUGAUCGCUUUGAGCACGGAUUUCUGGUUCGUGGCCGUGGGGCCUAACUUUUCAUUUCACUCGGGCCUCUGGCCAGAGGGGUUUCACAAUAUGGUGGCAGCCUACAUCCACGUGACACAGAGCUUCAGCAUUCUGGCCGCCCUGUGUGGCCUGGUGUCGGUGAUCCUCAUGGUCCUGUCCUACAUCCCCUCAGUGUCCAUUCCAGGCCGCGGGCCCCUUGCCUCCUCUGUCACAGCCUUUGUUGCAGCCAUCUUCGUGAUGGUGGCCAUGGUCGUCUACACCAGUGAGCGGUGGAACCAGUCCCAACACCCCCAGAUCCAGUCUUUCUUCUCCUGGUCUUUCUACCUGGGCUGGGUUUCGAUGAUUCUCUUCCUCUGUGCAGGUAGCCUGAGUCUGGGUGCUCAUUGCAAUGCCCCCCGGCCUGGCUAUGACACCUUGUGAGCGAGAGAGGCGACAACAGCAAGAUGAGGCGCUAUUCUCUGAAGACACCACCAGGAGCCUCAGGCCCCCGCAGCCCCCCCUCCGGCCCUCCCCCCCCCAGCCCUCCCCCAACCCCUUCAUUUGCUUCUUUACCCAUUCAACAAACAUUUGCUGGGAUCCGGUAA